GGUUGAUUCCGUUCCAUCCACACAUGAGAUGCACAUGUUUACAUGGACACUUGUAUUUGUAGCAAAGUAUUGGUGACACUAGCAUAGGAAUACAUUUAUUUCAUACUGUUAUAGUAAAAGUAGAGUGCAGAUAUGUCGCAGAAUGAAGACGAAGGUUUUGAACAGACUUCAGUAGCACAGAAGAAAGUUUCAAAGUACCAGUGUCCGGAUGAUUUUGUGGCAGUUUCAUAUGAUGCCUCUGUAAAUGACUCAUGGGACGGAGAUGAACAGAAGGAAUUAUGGCUCAUCAAAGCUCCAGCUCGUUUUGAUCCUAAAAGCUUUAAAGACCUCAAACUUCCCAUAUCAGGGCUGAAAAGGGUCCAGUCUUGUGGCACGGCACCUCAGAUCUACAGCGUCCUCAGUGGCAGGACGGCACCAUCAGACCUCCAUCUGCUCGUUACCAAGGGGAAAAAACAGAAGACUUCUCUCUGUUCCUCCGGCUUCAGUGGUGUCCUCAAGAUCUCUGAGAGCUACGGAAACUGCAGUGAGAACCAAGACCCCAUUCCCAUCCCGGCCGCUCCAGCUCCGUGCAUCCCAGCUGGUCUCAAGCAACGUUUCCAGCCUUUUGGUAGUUCCAUUGCAGCUCACAUGAAAGAUGAAGUCACUGUAGUUUCUCCAACUACACCCAAGAGAACCAGACAGGAUUUGAAUGAGGGCGAGGAGCGAAAAAAGAAGAAAAAGAAAAAGAAAGACAAGAGGCAAGAUGAUAGUGAAACUCUUUUUAUCAAGCAAGAACAAACACAAAUGGACUGUGAUCAGUUAGAGUCAUCUGAAUUUAUGGAGGAAGAGUCAAUGGAGGAGAGGAGGCGGAAGAAGAAAAAGAUUAAGAAAGAGAAGGAAAGACAGAGUGAAGACAUGGUUGAUGAAAGUUUAAUAUCCAAAACAGAGCCACUGGAUCCUUAUGAUUAUAAUGACACCCCAGGGAAAACUAAGAAGAAGAAAAAGAAGACUAGUCGAGAUGAGUAGACUGUCAAAAGAACUUGAAAUGCUCUAUCAAUUCUUCACACAUGCUUACUGUGAUAUUUAACUGUCAAAAUACAACUAAGAAAUCAGUAUCUCUUACUGUGUUUCUCAUAAAAGAAUUCAACGUUUCUGUACAACACUCAAUAAUAUUACCUCAAAAGCAUCGUUUCUUCUGCUUAAAA